AUGAGCACACCAUGCAGUUUAGAACAUUGCCAUACAAAUUUAUUUUCAUUGCAAAGUCUAAAUGAUAUGAAAUGGAAAUGCUUUCGUCGUUCGACUAAUUAUCGUCUAGAAACAACAAGUCAAGGACGUUGUGAUCAAUAUAAAGAUCCUGUACUGCUAGCUUAUUGGCAUUGUUUACGAACAGAUACAUUAUGUGCAUGGAGAAAAGUUCAAACAGAAGAAUCAAAAAUCGAAAGGGAACUAUGGUUAUUUGGUAUCAAUGAAGAUUUACCAUCGGAUUUGCCAAAUUUACGACCUGUUCAACAAUGUAAUGGAUCAAUGAAUGGGGAUUCAAUGUCGUACGAUUGUCGCUCAAUGUUAUUUAAAGCAUUACAUAAUAUGAUUGAAAAAUGUUUACUGACAAAGGGCUUUGCAAGAUUAAAUAAAUGGUUUGUUUUGCCUGUGAAUGAUCAUUCUGAUCUCAGAAUGCCAAAUUAUUCAUUCAGUUUUAAUUUUUUUCUACACGGUGAUAAUAAAGUGUGUGCAAGCGUUGAUGUACAACGUCAUCGACCAAUUUCAACGUUAACAGUCAAAGAUUUAGAAAAAGUGUUAACAAAUGUUAUUCUAGCACCAUAUGGUAUUAACGCAACAUUUAUCGGUCAACUGUCACGUGACAUAGACAUGAAUAAUUUAAAAGACAAUUGGGAAAGAAACUAUCCGAUUAGAAAAAUAGAUGGAAUGCCGGAUUUCGUUGAAGUUUUAGCUGGUGCUGUCCGAAUGUCGUAUCCAACAUGUUAUAUAUAUAAAGUUACCACUAAUGAACCAUUAACAACUACGAAUAACGAAAGUUCAACAAAUUCCACUUCAAAAAUUUCGCCAUCUUCUCAAACUUCAUCUCUAAAAUCAAUCUCAAAACCUACAGUAACAACAAAUAACACUCUAUCUCCAAUAAUACAAAAGCUUGAUAUUAGAGAAACAAAAAAACUUGCUAAUAAUCUUUUAAUAAGUGCACAAAGAAAUAACUGCAUUGAUAUGGAGAAAAAACAAGAAAUGAUGACAUCAAAUCGUGUUGUAUGUUCAACAAUAAACGAUCCUCUAAAUCGACGACAAUGCCGUUGCCAAAUCUGUUCAUCAAUUCAUACACGACAUCAUUCUGUGAAUACUAUACCAUUUCAUCGUCGGCCAAGAGUAACAGAUGAUUUGUCGCGAUCAAAAACUGAUUUACACUCCCAAUCAUCUACUACUGUCCCUCUAAGCGCGUCUGCUUCCUCUGUUUCUCAUAAUUCUGCACAAUUAUUUUCUUCGACAACGGCAAGAAAUAAUACAUCUGAUCAACAACAAAAUAUAAUCACUGAUAAUGCUGUUGCUUCUAACUGUCAAAAUGUUGACUUAUUAUCAUCGACCAUACCUCAAAUUUUAAAUGAUAAACCCUCUUCGUCUGCCAGCAACGAUUGGGAUAAUCAGCAAGCAACAACUACAGGUGGUCCACCGUCAGUUAUUUCAACAACAGCUGCGAAUUCACCAAUUCCUAUUGUGCUAACAUCGACAAUAGAAAAAAAAGGUUUAAAACGAUCAUCUAAUGUACUUGAUGAAUCUUAUCGUGGAUAUGAUGAUGACGAUGAAAAUGAUGGUAUCCAACAGGCAAAACAAACAUACGAUUUCCAUGCAACAGACACAUUCUUGCAACUUCCAUUGAAGAGAUUUCGUCAAGAUACUGAUACAUGUACAACCAUGCAGCAAGUAUCAUCAUCGUCAACAUUACCGUCCACAACAACAUCGAUAGUAUCUGCCAAUGGGUCCGAUCAAAUAUACCGUUAUGGACUAGCAACGCCACCCACCCCAACUCAAAUCAAUAAGGAUCCAUAUGCUUUUGAUGAUGAAGAUGACUCAGUAUCAUUAAAUUCAAAAACCAGUUCAUAUGGAAAAACACUCGAGACUUUAGCAGUUGCUACUGCUGCUUCUUCCUCAACUUCGAUAGCUCAACAAAGUCGUCAGCAGUAUUAUAAAAUAGAUGAUUUGAAACCAUCCUAUGCUGAUCUUGAAAGAAUCUUUGAAGUACAACUAAAUGAUCCAAAUGAAUCAAAAACACCGACAAAUUUGAUGACUACAACGAUUUCGACCAAUGGAGAAGUACGAUCGCCACAGAACGAACGAAGAGAUACAAUGAUAACAUCAACAUUAAUGACAAAUCAUAUCACAUGUACGACUAUGAAACCAUUAAACAAUUUUCAUGGUUUAGAAGAAAUUUACGCUACACCGCCAGGUUCUUCAUCAUCCGAUAAACUCAACUGCCUUCAUUCUCCUUAUACAACUGAGACUGUGAUAAAUCCAAAUGCAUCUGUCUACGCAGCAAAACUAGAAGCCGCCCUUUUAUCCGUUUCAUCAACACCAGCAUUAGAGAUAUUAAAACAAUUUAACAGUGAAUCAAUCAUUGCUCAGUUUGAACCUGUUAUUAUUGAAGAACAAUCUGCGUAUUUUCCGCUAAAAAAGAUUUCACCAAAUAAUUUAACAAAACCAUGCUUGACCACAAAAGAACUAAAACCUUUACGAUAUGAACCGACACCAGUUACUUCGUCCUUAUCUGUAUCAUCUAUCUCAUGGACAACACAAUCAAGACACUUGAGGUGGCAGCAGCAACAGCAGCAGCCGCCAACUGAUCCAGUUGACAACCGUCGACAUGCACCACGUUCUACUCCGGGUGGUGUGGGUAUAGGUAGUGUACCGUCAACAGCAAUUUCCACACCAUUAGGCACAAAUUUAACAUAUUCUCCCAUGAACACAUCAAUUCCGUCCAUACGCUCUGUCGAUUCUGUUCGUUCAAUAGGAAGCGUCAUAGCUAGUCCAGGACCUGGAUCUGUUCAACCACGUAAUAGUAUUGAACCCUAUUCUGCGUCGGCAAUUAAUUCAAUAUCUUCGACAUAUGAACGGGUAGCCGAAGCAGAUUCAUUAUAUUUCAACAUAUUAUUAAACGACAGCAUAUUAAAUAUCUUUCGUGAUAUGAAUUUUGACUCUUGCGUGCUUUGCGCUUGUACACCGAAUGAAUUGAGUAUACGUGGAACAGAUGCAACAAUCUAUCUACAACAACAACAGCAACAACAACAAUCGAUGCAACAACCACCAUCACAUCAAAUGAAUCCACAUCAGCAACCGCAUCUUCCUCAUCAUCCAUUAUCGAACUAUCAAAAUAUGCUCCCACAUCAACAGUAUCUACAUGGUCAUAAUCGCUAUGAUCAUCAACAUUCAUUGCCAGGACAAACGAUGAUGCCAGCCACAGCCAGUACAAAUAAUCAUAAUGUAUGUUCCUGUGGUUUUAGUGCCGUAGUUAAUCUAAAAUUGGGCGCCAAUGCUGGUCUAUUCUAUGAAGAUGAAAUUGAAAUAACUGGAAUCAAAUACGAAACAAAAUAUACAUAUAAAACAUCAUUAAAUAUUGUUGAAAAAUUAUCCCCAAAUUUAAUUGAAAUGAUCGAAAAACAAGAAUGUCUUCCAUCACCAUAUGAAUAUUUUAAUACACAGGAAGUCAUAGAUAGAAUCACAACGACGACGAAUGAUGAUUUACAAUCGACGACAGAUGUCGAUAAAAACCAAUUAAGAGGAAAUAACAGUGAAACAACAAAAUCUUCGUCAAAAAUCUUGAAAAAUCCAAUUUAUUUCAAUGAGAAUUGUGCAUGUUGUUUGGCAAUAGAACAAGCUAGAAAUGUUAUGGACAAUACCAUGUUGGCUAAAGAUGAACUUGAUAAACACAAUUGGCUACAUUUGUGGCCAUAUUCACCAUCUCCACUGGAUUCUGAUCAACAAUUAAUAGGCAUGUUAAAUUCCUUGCAACCCUUAUUAGUUGAUGCUUUGAAUAAACGUACUGUGAGUGGUCUUUGGAAUUCAAUUGAGGGACCAUUAACGUGGAAACAUUUUAAUCAAUUAUUAUACACACAAAAUCAACAUAUACAAUUAGAUGAACAAUUAACUGGUCCACAACCAAUUCCCUAUGUGAUGGCCGGAUUAGAUCGCGAUUGGUUAACAUUAGCGCCGUAUGGUCUAAAAUUUUGGGAUAAAUUAUGUCUUGAACCAUAUUCAAAAGCAAAAGAUAUUGCUUACAUAUGCAUUGUACCAGAUAAUGAUUAUGUUUGUUCAACAACAAAACUUUAUCUUCGUGAAUUAUCAACAAACUAUGAAUUAUGCCGUCUUGGUGUACAUCGACCAUUAUUAAAAUGGUUUCCAGAUAACGGACUAUUAAGGAUAAAUAAUAUAUCGUCUUCUUCUUCUCAAAACAGUGAUCCAUUAUCAUCAUCCACAACGACGACAACUAAUCUGUCCACAUCGUCCAUUUCUGUUGAUCAGUGGUUCACUGAUAAUGAAACACAUCCACUUGGUGCAAGAUUAAAAUUAUAUGCUCAAACAUUGAAAUCACAUCUACAAUAUCUACUUCAAACUCAAACUCUUGAUCAUACACUUCAUGACGAACCGCCAAAACGCAACGGUCCAAAUGAUAUUUCUUCGAAUACAUCGACAACACCGUCAUCAAGUGAAAUGAAUAGUGACAUCGGUCUAUUAGCCCCCUCUGCAUCUCCCUCUUCAACUGAUAAGUCGAAUAUGAAUUUGUAUGCUAAUUUAAAUUCUUUAUCCACAGCCAUUACUGGCGGACUUGGUGAUAGUAUGAACAAUAAUCUUAUAAACAGUGCAAUUGAUCCUCAAGAUUUACUAGCUUUUGAUAGUUUACAACAAGGUCGAACAUCAAAUGAUGAUCAACUCUUCAUUGUUUUAUAUAUUAUUGAUACAUUUCAUUAUGAUUCUAUUGAUGAUAAUAAUUCAAAUCAUAACGAUGAGGAAUUAGAAUGUCACGUGAAAAAGGGGAUACUACGUGCCUAUAUGGAUCUUAUUCAAUUACUACCAGAAAAAAUAGUAACGAAAAUUAAUAUACAAAUUGUCCCAUUUGAAUCAGUUGUUGGCCAACAAUUAGAAUCCGAUGUUGAGUUAAGGUUUACACAGUUGAAACGUUUAGCAUUUCAUGUCUAUGGCCAAUUAAGAAAAACAAUAACAUAUACACCACGUGCAAAAUCAUUAACAGGAUUUGGACCUGCAGCAUCAGAAGAAAAGGCAUUAACAAAAGCGCUCAUGCAAGUAUAUACACCAGCGUAUAUAUUAUCACCAAAAUCUGAUUUUCGAUAUAAAUCAUUUUCUGAUCCAAACGAGAUAUCUAAUAAUGGUUGUGUGUUAUUUUGUUCAUAUUGUUUAUCUGAUGAUCAGCGUUAUUUAUUAGUUAGUUGUUCGGAUGAUAGAGGUGAAUUAUUAGAAACAUGUUCAAUCAAUAUUGAAGUAACUGACAGACAUCGACGAAAAAUACAGCAUGCACGUCGUAUUGGUUUACAAAAAUUAUGGAAUUUCAUUAUGCGUAUAAUUACAAGUACCACAAUGCCAUGGAGAAUUGUUAUUGGACGACUAGGACGAUUAGGACACGGUGAAGUAAAAAGCUGGGGUGUAAUAUUAUCUAAGAAAAAUUUGGUACGUUGCGCAAAUAUCAUACGUGAAACAUGUCAGUCGUGUCAUACAUUACGUUCUCAAGAUCAACCAGUGAUAUUGUCAGCAUGUCUCAUAUCAUUGGAAACACAUACAUCUUUGACUAUUCUACCUGAAUCGAUUGAGCUUGCUGAUGUGCGAGCAGCCGGUACCCAAGGACAAAUUGUCGACGAAGUAUCUGUAACGCACAUUUUAACAUUACCAACGUCAGCAUCCGUGCAGACAUCACAAACAUUAACAACACGUAAUGAUGUUAAUCCAAUGAAUAUAGCCAACACUGAAAAUGACGAAGAUUUUUUUAAUCAAUUGUUUCGUGAAUUAGACCCUGAAGCAGAAGGACCACCAAACGAUGCAUUCGAUCUCGUUUCACCACCACCACCUACAACUGAUUUAACAGAUACGUUUCAAACGAAUAUUGGUGGUCUAGGUUAUCAUGGCAUGAAUGGCAUGAAUGCUGGUAACGGUGGAAGAUCAGGAAACACUUUAACAACAACAAAUGAUUAUAAUUCUAAAGAUAAUGGUUUAAACGUGAAUGGAAAAUCACAUUAUGAUAUUGAUUUAAAUGAAAUACCAUCGUUACAUCAACAACCACUAGCCCUCGGUUUUUAUGUUUCAACAGUGAAUACAUUGAAUAAACUACCCGAAUGGAUGUUAAACAAUAGUUAUAAUGAACGAAAUAAUAAAAACUGUAGUAUAUUUAAAGCCACCUUACAUAUGCAUAUACCAAAUGCACAGCAAUCAGAUGAUAUGUUAUUUCAACAAAAUAUUGAUCAAAAAUUAGCACAUCCUCUUGAUUCUAAUUUUACAUAUGUUGUCUUAAGACAUGUUCUUGAAUCUUAUAACCGUCUAUCAUGGUUGUUAAUCGAUCCAAAAACAAAUGAACGAGCAAGUUGUUUACCAAUUCAUAUUGAAACAUUGUUAAGGUUAUAUCAUGCGUUUGUUAAAUUUGUAUGA